AUGGAGGAAAUAGCAAGAUAUGAGUUUGAACAGAGAGUUAUUUUCAAUAUUGUUAACUUCAGCAAAACCAAGAGUCUUUAUAGAGAUGGGAUGGCCCCUAUGGUGAAAUCUACGAGCAGACCAAAAUGGCAAAGGCUGCCACCUAAAAAUGUUUACUACUACCGUUGCCCAGACCAUAGGAAGAAUUAUGUGAUGUCCUUUGCAUUUUGUUUUGACCGAGAAGAAGAUGUUUACCAAUUUGCCUACUGCUACCCAUAUACAUACACCCGCUUUCAGCAUUACCUUGACAGCCUGCAGAAGAGAAACAUGGAUUAUUUCUUUCGGGAGCAGCUGGGCCAGAGCGUGCAACAGCGGCAGCUUGAUCUCCUAACAAUAACCAACCCCGACAAUCUUCGGGAAGGGGCAGAGCAGAAGGUGGUAUUCAUCACGGGUCGAGUCCACCCAGGGGAAACACCCUCUUCCUUUGUGUGCCAAGCUUGUGUCCUGCGGGAACACCUGGUCUUCAAGAUUGCACCAAUGCUCAACCCUGACGGAGUCUACCUGGGCAAUUACAGGUGCUCUCUGAUGGGGUUUGACCUGAACCGUCACUGGCUGGAUCCCUCUCCAUGGGCCCACCCUACCCUGUAUGGGGUAAAACAGCUCAUCAUCCAGAUGUACAAUGACCCAAAAACGAGCCUGGAGUUCUAUAUCGACAUCCACGCCCACUCCACCAUGAUGAAUGGCUUCAUGUACGGCAAUGUCUUCGAGGAUGAGGAGCGCUUCCAGAGGCAGGCCAUCUUCCCCAAGCUGCUCUGCCAGAACGCUGAGGACUUCUCCUAUUCCAGCACAUCCUUCAACCGGGACGCCGUGAAGGCAGGCACUGGCCGCCGCUUCCUCGGUGGCCUCCUGGACCACACUUCCUCCUGCUACACCCUGGAGGUCUCCUUCUACAGCUACAUCAGCGGGGGCACCACUGCUGCGGUGCCCUACACCGAGGAAGCCUAUAUGAAGCUGGGGCGGAAUGUGGCCAGAACGUUUUUGGAUUAUUAUCGGCUGGACCCCAUGGUUGAGAAAAUGGCGAUUCCCAUGCCAAGGCUGCGGAAAGAAAGACCCCCUCCCUACAAGUACCCACUCCGGCGGGGCCCGGCCAGCAGCUAUCCCAUCAGCAAAGGGGACAAGAAGAGCUCAGUGAACCACAAAGACCCUUCAGACUCUUUUUAAGGACAUGAAGUCCUGGGAGGUCUUGUGGAGCAUUCAUUUUCUGCUGGGGCAUAACAUUAAUCACCUUCUAGUUUCCAAGAGAAGGGCUGUGGGAUAAGGAAUAAGCUAGUGAAGAGGAAGGGAGGAAAAUGAGAAAUUUCAUCAUUGAUUUUCCCUUUUACCAAUGGAAAAUCAAUGGUAAGGCUUCAGCUUACAGCUCAGGAACAAAAUAGGAGAUGCACACCAGGCGAGUACAGAUGCCCUUUCCCACCACAUAGAGAUGCUCACGGGAAGAGGAAAAUCUGCACAUCCCUCUGAGAGGUUGGUCAGAAGUCCGUGCUCUCCAGCCCUUUCCCUGUUGAAGUUGUACAGUUACUACAGAUGGUUACCUUUUAUUUAUUUUUAUUUUUAAUAUAUUUUAUUGAUUCUUACAGAGA